UUACCGCUGGUGCGUGUGUUGCAGGGUGAUGGUCCAAGGAGCCCGGCAUGCCUUAUGUGGAUCGGCAGAAUCGCAUCUGUGGGUUUCUGGACAUUGAAGAAAAUGAGACCUGUGGCAAGUUCCUGCGGAGGUACUUCAUCCUGGACACCCAGGCCAACUGCCUGCUGUGGUACAUGGACAACCCCCAGAACCUGGCUGUCGGCUCAGGAGCUGUUGGAUCUCUGCCACUGACCUACAUCUCCAAGGUCAGCAUUGCCACCCUGAAACAGAAACCCAAGACCCCCUUCUGCUUUGUUAUCAAUGCCUUAUCUCAGCGUUACUUCUUACAAGCCAGUGAUCAAAAAGACCUACAGGACUGGGUGGAGGCUCUGAACCGGGCCAGCAAGAUUACAGUACCAAAGGGGGGGAACUCGCCCCCUGCCACAGAGAUUACCAAGCCCCCCGUUGUUCCCCAGGCCCAGGAGAAGAAGCCGCAGGUGGCCUACAAGACUGAGAUCAUUGGAGGGGUGGUUGUGCACACCCCCAUCUCCAUCAACCAGAAUGGAGGGGACGGAGCCGAGGGCAGCGACCCAGCUGGGCAUCAUCUUCUGAGACGCUCCCAGAGCUACAUUCCCCCCUCCGGCGCCAAGCCGUCCACAGGACCCCCAUCCCUAAAGAGUGGCUACUGCGUGAAGCAGGGGAACGUGAGGAAGAGCUGGAAGCGCCGGUACUUUGUCCUGGAUGAGUUUUCCAUCAGCUACUUCAAGUGCGAGCAGGACAAGGAGCCUGUGCGUUCAAUCCUACUGAAGGACGUCCUCAAGACCCAUGAGUGCCUGGUCAAGUCGGGGGAGAAGAAGCGGUUCUGUAGGCUACAGGGUGAAUUGUGGAUGACCGCUCUCUCUUGUCCUAGGGACCUUCUAAUGCGGGACAACCUCUUUGAGAUCAUAACAAGCAACAGGACGUUCUACAUCCAGGCAGACAGCCCUGAGGACAUGCACAGCUGGAUUAAAGCCAUCACAGGGGCCCUGCAGGCCCUGAAGAUCCGCCCCAGGGAAACGUCCUUCAUGAGGUCCUUUUCCAUGAACAGACAAGGGGGCUCCAAUCAUUCCAGCUCAUCGACCGCCUCCCUUUCCCAGCUGAGGCAGCCAGGCGAGGAGAAGAGAGCCCUCUGCAAAGGCCCUUCCACAUCCUCCUGGCAGCCUUGGACGCCAGUGCCACAGCCAGAAGGGAAGCAGCCCACGAUAGAAGAGGCACCUGGGCAGCUGAGAGACUCGGUGUUUGUGCCGGCGUUUACCGAGCGUGACAUGAGCGCCAGGCAAGGGAAGCGUGUGCGGCACAAGUCCGAACCCCAGCACCUCAAAGAGAAGCCGUUUACCUUCAACCUGGACGAUGAGAACAUCCGGACCUCCGAUGUGUAGCCAUGCAUGGUGCGAAGCUGGUGCACCACGCCCCUGUCCUACCCGGCGUUUGGAAAAGACGAGGCACUCUCGGUACAAGUUCAGUGCAAAGACACUUUGCUCCCCCUGCAGCCGUGUGGGGCGGCCUCAGCGGUGCAGCGCCCCUUGGCCUGUGUAACCUUGCCCUGCCGUGCACUCAAAAAGUGUGCAAAAAAUGCGUGCACCCAAAAUGCGUCCAAGGCAGGCGGAAAGAGCCGGUCUCCUCGGUGCUUGUGCUAGUCAGCGUGUCCAGAGCACCGAGCCUCUUCUGUCCCUGGUUCCAUGCUGCUGGGUUCACCCUGAUGAAUUUGGCCUUUAUUCUCCAACUUUAUUAUCAGUCUCUUGUCGGCUGUACAUGGGAGAGGAACAGGAAGAAAGCCCUGGUCAGACCCGGGUCCCUCUCCGUUCUAGCACCUGCUCUCUGCCACUGUGACGUGGGAGACCGGGCAAGAUGGACGUAUAGUCUGACGCAGGAAAUGGCAAUGCUUAUGUUCCCGUACAAGAUUUAGUCUGGCCCACUUCCUCGGUGACUGUGCUCUCCCCAAAGGGAGGAGAGACCAGCAUUCCUGAUAGCUCCCAUUUUCUUCCCCACUGAAACCUCAUCUUUAAUGUCCCAAAUUCCUUCUCUGGUCUCUUCCCCUUCAUGGCAGACGGGGGGAUCAAGGUAGUUGAUGGAGGAAGAGAGGGGGAGCUGCUGGCAGUAACAGAAAUGCCUGGUGCUCAUUAGAAGGAUACCAGGAGGGGCUGAUACAAACCCACCUGGCAGGUGCAUGGCAUUUCAGUCAUGUGCACCUAUGUCACAUGGGAAGCAUCAGGCCCCUGGGCUCUGCCCUAGAAGAGCGAUGACACCCUCAGCAGCUCCGCCUGUUUGGAUCUCAGGGAAACCAUGCAGGAAGCAGAGGGGGAGAUGGGUUUUUUUCCAAGCAGCAGGGGCAGGUGUGGGCCCAUGCUCAUGUUGGGCAAUAGGGGUAGGAUUCUCAGUUCUCUUGAGCCAUUGAGAAACCCCCCCAGUGGGCCCAAACAUGGAGUUUGCAAGACACCCGGAAAUCUAAUUUAAAAAAGGAGAAGGUUGCAGCUGUAACGUAGUUUUUUUCCAGGGGACCAGCUCUUUGCUCUGCAGCACUGACCACGUAGUAACGCCUCUCUGCUGUCGAUUCGCUCCUUUUCUACUCAUUCCCCUUGUGCGCCGUCAGGCUGCAGCAAAGACUCCUUGGUCUGACCCAUGUAUGACGUCCCGGUUGGAAAAACAAAACCGAUUUCUUGGUAUAUUUAUGUUUUUUUAAAAUGUGAGGAAAGGUUAGGACCACUCUUUUGCAAGCUGUCUGGAGCAGGGACUCUGUGGCACACAUAUUCUCAGGUAUAUAUAUCCAGGUUUGUAUUGCGGGCGCUUGGCCACAACAGACUGUUAAAUGCCUGAAUCUUGGAAUGUUUCAUGCAAUGAAAGCAGACCAUGUACAAAGAAAUCGGGAUGAUUUGGUUCUCCAACUAGGCCGUGCUAGCUGGUAUUUGUACCAGCGUACCUCGGCAGGCACCCAUAAGGGAACGAGUUGAUGCAUGGUGAAUGCAAAGCACUUGCUAGAUGAUUCAGCUAUUCCGUGAUCAGAGAGGAACUGGAACGCUGUCACCAAAGAAAUGGGUACGUAACCUCUUGUCUCAGCUAGCAUGUAGAAACGACACCUCUUUCCUGCCUCUCUCUUCCCCGUGAGAGAUUCAGUAGUGCCUCAUGUUGUUGCGUGAGUUGUGAACGCUGCGCAAAGCCUAUGCAAAACAUACAUACCCCCCUUAAACCUUGCACAGGGAUGAGGUUUGCCCGGACUGAGAAGUUAUACAUCCUGCUUGUGUGCCUGUGCCUCUGCUCUGAGCCCACUCGCUUCCCGCCCUCGCUCGGACAAAACUGGCAGCGAUGUCGGGGCCAGCUUUGCCCGAGUAGGAACUAGCAGGAGCGGGUGCUGUAUUAAAAUAAGAAACCAGCACAUGCCCGGGUUGGAACGAUCAUGCAGAACUAAAGCAAAAUGAAACCAGAGUAAGGAGUUCAAAGUAUUGCCUAUGGGAAGCUUUUGUGGAUUUUUUGUAAGCUCUGGUCCUCCAUGUCUUCCAUAUCCCCCGCAGUGCAUGGUGCUGUUGUGGGAACAGUCUUUAUAUGCAAGAAGAUGACUGCUAGAAGAAAAGGCAGCCAGCUGACUAGAAAGUGAGUUCAAAAAUCACUCCUGCCUGCCUUGCUCUUGUUUUGAAAUUGUAGCAUGUGUUGGAGGAUGUGUUGGAGAAACAGCAGCUUUAAAAGUGCUCCAGGAACAUGCCGUGAAAGCCAAUACAUCAGCCUGACAGCCACGCAACCUGAAGGCAGUUGCACCUGUUCUCUUCCUGGAAAGAGUUGGCCAGAGCAUGAUUAACCAGUACAUUUUUGGAGAGGCAGGGACCAGGAAUCUGAUCAUCCUCCUGUGCUCUCGUAAGGCAGUUCUAGUCCAGAAAUAACAAAGGGAGCCUCCCAACUAGGGAAGUUCACACACCUGUUCUCAGCAGAGGCAGGAAAACAUGGUAACUAUGAAAAUGAACCAGGGUUGAUGCAAAUAGCAUGGUUUUCCUGCAAUGGAAUUGCUGACACCUGUGCUGGGACUGCUUCUCCUUUUUGGCUUUCUUUGCCCUAGUGUUUUUGAUAGCCAUAGUGUUAUUUAGGCUGAGAUAAUGGCCCCUUUUGAAAUAUUUAACAACUAAUUGUAAGCAUGUAUGAGCCACAAAUGAGCAGGGGCAAGCAAUAGGAGUGCUUAGGCCAAGGGCAGUACCUACAGCUGCAGACGACCGUAGACGAUUGGAAAGGCUGCAGACAUGGCAGCCACUUGUGCUGAAUUAGUACCGCAGGGUCUGUGGGAGCUGGGUGGGCAAGAGCCUAAGCCUGUAGCAGAGGUGUGAAGUAGUGAAGAGGAAAGCUGCACGGCUGUAAUGGUAACUGCAGUGUUCCCUUUUUCUCUGCUCAUGGAGCAGCCCCAAGGCUGGCUCCAAAGGCCACAGACUAGUGGCAUGUGAACGUAAAGUGGAGGCAGGGGUCUUGGAGGCGAAUCUCUGGUCGCUGUGCUGCUCUUGUGCAAGCUGGGCAUGCCGACUCGGGUGUGCUUGUCCGGCGUCAAGUGAAUUCCCACCACUUGGGGCGGACCCCCGUCCAGAUCAGCAGGGAGCCCUUGACGAGAAAUAACAUACGGUAAAAUGUGUGCGCGCUCCUGCCCGAGCCUUGUCCUUGUAUCGUCUCACUGACAUACCGCUGGGGAUGAGGCACGGCCUGCGAUUGUGUUUCCAGCUCCCGUGGGGAUCCCCAUGCAGUGCGACAGCAGCUCGUAUGAAAGGAACGGCGUGAGGGGGACGUGUUUGGGUGCAGGGGUGUUUUACAUGAUGACGCCAACAUGGCUCAGCUGUUUUUGUACAUAAUUGCUGUGUAUUUCAAGUGCCUUUUAGAGACAGGGGGUGCCUUCCCCACAGGGAGGUGCUCACACCAAAGCCUUGUGAUGCUUGUGCAAGAGUAAGCCUCUGGAAGGUGUAACGUGCAGAGACUGGCUAAUUCUGGUACUGAUUCCUCCCAUGCUCACAUGGGAAGAGCUCUCCAUUUGUGGAAGAAAUACACUUCCAUAUAAAAUACCAGCCAGUUUUUCAGGUUAAGCUGGUGCAUAUCUUGGAUUAUUGAACAUAUGUCGGGACCGCACACAGUGUAGAGACACACUUUGAUAGUCACACAGGUUUAUUUCCCUUCCCCUUUCCUCUCAGUCCCUGUGCAACUUAUUUGAGUGGAGUUCGUUGCAAAUGCUAAGACUGAAAUGGGAGGGUUUGAGUUUUGGGGGUUUUUUUGUGAGCUGCUUGUGCAUUUUGUUGCGAUACUGGCACCAGUAAUCUUCAGCUGUGAAUGGUUCUCCCGUGCACAGACUAACUGUGAGUGCACAAAGCCACACUGAUGCGAUGCUUCUCGCUACUCCUUCUGCAGUGUGUAGUGGAAAACUUUGGUUGCUUGUUUUGUAGUAAAAAUCUGUGUGAAAUCUUUCCAGAAAA